AUGAGUGCUGCAGAACCUGCGGAGGCUUUUCUUGGCAUGCUCAGUACCACAGACUACCUGCAGGAAAAAGAGAUUGGUAAAAAGCUCCAAGAAAACAUUUUCAGAAUCGUUUCCCCUGUGUCUCCUGCUGGGCUUUACUGCUGUUAUGCAGUGAUCAUUGUCCUCACUGGAGCUGUGAUUGCACUUUCUGUGGCUCUGUCAUUGUCAGAAAGAAAGCCAGAACAGGUUUCAGUCAAAACUACCUACAAUACAUGCCCAAGAAACUGGACUGGAUUUGGGAGUAAAUGUUUUUAUUUUUCUGAAGACAUAAGCACUUGGACAUUCAGUCAGAACUUCUGCAUGGAACUAAAGGCCCAACUAGCUGGAUUUGACAACAUGGAGGAGCUGAAUUUCCUGAGGAGACACACAGUGAAUUUUGACUACUGGAUUGGCCUGCACAGAGAGUCACCAGAGCACCCUUGGAGGUGGAUGAACGACACUGAAUAUAACAGCUCGGUUCCCAUUCGAGGAGUAGAAAAACAUGCCUACCUGAAGAACAACAAGAUCAGCAGCGCCAGGAUCUAUGCAGAGAAGAGAUGGAUCUGUAGCAAGACCAACAACUGUAUCCUCCAAUGCCAAAUUCCUUGUGCUUCUUUCUAGAUUUUGUUAGGAGAUGUUUUGUAACCUGUAUCAACAGUUGCUGCUCUAUCUGCUAUCUUCCAACACUGUUAUCAAAAGAAACUGAAUAUUUGUUGGCAUCACAACUGAAAAUCAUCUUGGAGAAUGGCACAUACAUGGGAUUAGAACAGCAUUGAUGCUUCUAAAAUGGGUGUUGGCACUCAUGACUCAAGUCUCAGUACAAUUCAUUUAUUAUUUUAAUAUAUACUUGUAUUUAUUUUUUAUGAAUUUUUUAUUUUUAUGUAAUUUAUUUUAUUUAAUUUUUAUGUAAUUUUAUGAUAUGAAGUUUUGGUGCAGACCGUCUUCCUUAUGAGACUGUUGGACCAUGAACAUGAGUUCUCCAAUGUUCACUUACCCUUGCACUUUAAUAAUGAAAAGAGGCAGGCAGUGGUGGUAGUGGCUGCAAGGCCAUUUAAUCCCAGGGGCUUUUAGACUUUCUUUUCUCACUUUUUUGUCCAGAUACUGUGUGUUAUGGUUCUUAAAAGCAUUGGUGUGAUUACCUGAGGGGCUGGCCACAAGGAGUAGCAGGUCUUACCACCCAAGGCCUAGGAGGGUUCCAGGCUGCUGGGAGACCAUUGUAGGUGACAGACAGAUAUGUCAUUCAGAUAGAGUUUGAGCAUAGACUUUAUUUAGUGAGUUAUGGAAGGAAA